AGGGAUUGGCGGAGAGAGGUGGAGGACACUGAAUGGAGGCCAGUGGAGGGAUUGGCAGAGAGGGGUGGAGGACACUGAGUGGAGGCUAGUGGAGGGAUUGGCAGAGAGAGGGGUGGAGGACACUGAGUGGAGGCCAGUGGAGGGAUUGGCAGAGAGGGGUGGAGGACACUGAAUGGAGGCCAGUGGAAGGAUUGGCAGAGAGGGGUGGAGGACACUGAAUGGAGGCCAGUGGAGGGAUUGGCAGAGAGUGGUGGCAGAUACAGAAUGGAGGCCAGUGGAGGGAUUGGCAGAGAGGGGUGGAGGACACUGAAUGAAGGCCAGUGGAGGGAUUGGCAGAGAAGAGUGGAGGACACUGAAUGGAGGCCAGUGGAGGGAUUGGCAGAGAGGGGUGGCAGAUACAGAACAGUUAGUAAGGUGAAUGAGUCUGGCAGAAGCGGAGGUGAAGUCUACAUGAUCUGGACAGCGGCAGAAAGGACAGAUGGGAGUCUAGGA